CUUAAAAGUUGAAUGAAAAAAUCUCUCACGUAAACAACCAUUGUCUUGCAUCGUUUUUGAACUAAUUUUUGUUAUAUUCGUAAAGUCACCGUUUAGUUUUUAACAGCGUUUCCAAAAUGAUAUUAAAUCGUUCUACCUCUAAAAUACUACGUUUACCCACGUUUGGUAUUAAAUAUUUUUCAGCUCAAACUAAAGUGGAUUUAAAGGAAAUGAAAAAGGAGCAGUUAGCAAACAGUUCUUCGUUUAUGAUGAAUAUUUUUCGCGGAAAGCUGGUUUCAAAGGAAGUUUUCCCAUAUCCUGAUGUCUUACACGAGGAACAGAAAGAACUCAUUAUGAGUUUAGCUAGUCCGUUUGAAAAAUUUUUUUCAGAAGUGAAUAACGCUGCACGAAAUGACGAAAACUCAUCGAUAGAUGAAUCCGUACUUGAUCAAUUAUGGGAACUUGGAGCAUUUGGCAUUCAAGUUCCCGAAGAAUAUGGUGGCUUGGGACUUUGUAAUACACAAUAUGGACGUCUGUGUGAGAUAUUGGGUGCUUCUGAUCUUGGCGUUGGAAUAACUAUUGGGGCUCAUCAAAGUAUUGGAUAUAAAGGAAUCUUAUUAUUUGGUACUCAGCAACAGAAAGAUAAAUACCUAUCCAAAUUAGCGGCCGGAAAAGUGUAUGCAGCAUUCGCUCUUACUGAACCCAGUUCUGGUUCUGAUGCUGGUUCGAUAAAGACACGUGCUGUAAAAAGUGAGGACGGGAAACAUUUUAUCUUAAAUGGGUCUAAAAUCUGGAUAUCAAAUGGGGGAAUUGCUGAAGUUAUGACAGUAUUUGCACAAACAGAGCAAGUCGAUUCGAAAACUGGAGAAAAAAAAGAUAAGGUGACAGCUUUUAUCGUAGAGAGAUCAUUUGGAGGUGUAACUAGUGGACCACCAGAAAAGAAAAUGGGUAUAAAAGCGUCGAAUACAACGGAAGUAUAUUUUGAGAAUGUUAAAGUUCCUGUCGAGAAUGUUUUGGGAGAGGAAGGCGAAGGUUUUAAAGUGGCCAUGACCAUAUUGAACAACGGCAGAUUUGGAAUGGGCGCAACAUUAGCCGGUACAAUGAAAUUUUGCAUACAAAAAGCUGUCGAACAUGCAAAUAAUCGGGUGCAGUUUGGAAAUAAAAUAAAAGAAUAUGGUUCAAUACAGGAAAAAUUGUCCCAAAUGACAAUGCUUCAAUAUGCAACCGAGUCAAUGGCUUAUGCUAUAUCGCAAAAUAUGGAUAGAGGAAGUAAAGAAUAUCAUUUGGAAGCUGCGAUAUCGAAAAUUUUUGCAUCUGAGUCUGCUUGGUAUGUUUGCGACGAAGCUAUUCAAAUAUUAGGAGGUAUGGGCUACAUGAAGGAGACCGGAUUAGAACGCGUACUACGAGAUCUCAGAAUUUUCCGUAUAUUUGAAGGUACUAACGAUAUUUUGAGACUUUUCGUAUCGCUCACAGGCAUUCAGUAUGCCGCAUCCAAUCUAAAACUUCUGCAGAAAGCUUUUAAAAAUCCUGCCGCUAAUUUUGGAAUUUUAUCGAGUGAGAUAUCGAAGAGAGUUUCAUCAACGAUCGGAUUUAGUGUAGUUGACUUAACACCUUUUGUAGCGCCAGAAUUACAUACUCAUGCUCAAAAAACCGCUCAGUGCAUUGAAAUGUUUGGGAAAACUGUUGAAGAACUUCUGUUGAAAUAUGGUAAAAAUAUUGUCCAUGAACAGUAUAUCUUGACUCGGUUAUCAAAUGCGGCCAUCGAUAUAUACUUAAUGGUAGUCACUUUAUCUCGUUCAUCCCGUGCAUUGCAAUUAAACCUACCCACGGCCCUACACGAAAUUAAACUAACUAAGGCAAUAUGCAUGCAGGCCUCAAACCGUUGUACGGAUAACCUUCGGAAGUCGACUGCAAAAUCUGAAGUGGAACUAUUUAACAUAUUGGCUGAAAUAGCUAAGGAAGUCAAUAAUAGUGGUGGGGUAAACACCACUCAUGUCCUAACAAGUUCUUAGUAAAUCUUAUAUAAUUUUAGAUCUUUAUUAUAUGUAUACUUUUCCUUAUUUUUUCGAAUUCUCACUUAGGUUUUAACACACAUUUUUUCUAUGAACUGAAAGAAAUUACAAUUAAAAAAAUUAUGAACGUUUUCCAAAUUUUUAA